AUGUCUGGCUGGUGGAAUUCAGCAAGUGCCAGUAAUCUUACUCGUGGUUUAACUUCAAUAACUGGACAAUUAUCAAAUAAUUUUAAAGAUAUUUUAUCAGAAGCUAGUGAAGAAACUUAUGAUCCAGUAGCUGAAUUAACUCGAGCUAAACAACAAAUUGAAGAUCUUGAAUUACGAAAAGAAACAUUAUCUGAAGAAUGUACAUCAUUAAAAAAGCAAUGUGAUGAACUUACGAUGCAAAAACAAGCAGUAGAAAUUAAAUCGGAUAUGUUAUUAGCUGAAAGUCGUCGAAUUAUCGAUGAAAAAGAUAAUGAAUUAAAACGUCUUCGAGAAAAUACAAGUGCAAUUACAUGGAGUAAUAAUAAUACUGAUUUAAGUAAUACUUGGACUGAUAUAUUAGAAGAUGAUCAACCUGAAAUUAAUGAAUAUCUCAGAUAUCAACGAACUAUACGUGAUUUAAAAGAUGAAAAUAGUCAUUUACGUGAUGAAAUGGUUAAUUUACGAAAAUCAUUAAAAUCACAGCAAUUAGAAAAAAAUCAAUCUCAACGAGAAAAUGAUAUUCUUCAAAUUGAACAAAAAUAUUCUGAACAAUUAUCAAAAUGUCGUUCAGAAUAUGAUGAACAGAUUCAUAAAUUACAAUCACGUAUUCAAGAACUUGAACAACUAAAUAAAAAUUAUCAAGAAGAUGAAGCACGAAAAUCAAUGGAAGUACAAAAAGAUGUGGAUGACGUUGAUAAAGAUCUUCUUUCACAUGAACUUGAACAAGCAAAUCAAAAAUUAAAUUGGUUUAAUGAAAAAUUUAAAGAAUAUUCUGAUUUACAAUCUAAUAUGGAUUUAUUAAUCUUACAAAAUAAACAAUUAGAAAAUGAUUCUAAAAUUGAACAAGAUAAGAAUAAAUCUAAUUUAGAAUUGAUUCAACAAUAUCAAGAAAAAAUUUCUCAAUUACAAUCGAAUGAAAAAAUUGAUCAUAAUAAUACAGAUGAACUUAAUCGUCUUCUAAUAGAAGAACGACAACGUUGUGAUGCACUUGUAAAUGAUAAUGAAUCAAUGUUUCAUCUUCUUGAAGAAGCUCGUUCACAAAAUGAUAAUAUUCAUAAUAAAGAUAAACAAAUUAAUGAAUUAACAUCUCAAAUAGAAAAUCUUCAAAAACAAAUUGAAAUCGAAAUAAACCAACGAGAAGAACUUAAUAAACAAAUUUCUAAUUUUGAAAUUAAAGAAAAUGAAUUUAAUCAAGAAAAAACUCAAUUAACUACACAAAUAAAUAAUCUUCAACAAUUUAAAGAUGAACAAUUAGCAAAACUAAUUGAAGAUGAAGAAAAUCAUUUCAAAGAAUAUCAUUUACGUGAAAUGCUUGAGAAACAAUUAAUUGAACUUAAUGAAGAUUUGCAAACAUUAGAAAAUGAUAAAAAUGAUUUAUAUAAUCAAAUUGAUGAACUGAGAGAACAAUUACAAUUAAAAGAUAGACAACUUCAAUCAUAUGAGAAUUUGUCUACUUCACCUGGUUCUCCAUCUGCUAUAUCUUCAUCUCCUGAUACUCGUGCUCGUUCUCCAUCUCCUCAAACAUUUGAACACGUACUUGAAUUAGAAGCUCAAAUUCUUCGAAAUGAACAACAAUUUAAUGAACUUAAUUCUGUUUAUAAUCGUUUUAUAACAUUAUUACCUAUUGAAUUAUCAUCUACAGAUAAUACACAAUUAUCUUUAUCUGAUCGAUUUACAAAUUUAUUUGAACAAUGGUCAACCUAUGUUGAUACACUUUCAAUAACACAACAAGAACUUGAUUCUGUUAAACAAUUACUUAUUGAAAAACAGGAUGAUCUUGAAAAAUUACAAUUUGAUUUAGAUUUAACAACAACAAAAUUAAUUGAACUUCAACAAGAACAACAAUCAUCACCAUUAUCAUCAUCAUUAAUACAUGAUAAUCAAUUCAAUAAUGAAGAAGAAAAUGAAAAUGAAAUUGAACGUAUACUUGAACUUCAUCAGUAUCCACAACGUGCACCAUCAAGACAAUCAAUUGUAUCAAGUACACCGGGUGAAAAACAACAAUUAAUUGCUCAAAAUGAACUUUUAUCAUCUAUAUUAGCUGAUAAAGAUCGAGAAUUAAUAUCAUUACAACAAGCUGAAAAAACACGUGAAGAGUUAAUUAAAAAUUUAGAAACAUUAAAAAAAAAUUUACAACAAAUAGAACUUGACAAAGAAAUUAAACAAGCUGAAUUAAAUGAUAUAAAAAAUGUACUUGAUGAAAAAACACGAGAAAAUUCUUCAUUGAAAAAAGAAAAAAUGUAUUUUAUUGAAAAACUUGCAGAAAUCGAACGAAAUAAACAAGAACAACAAUCAAUUAUACAAGUUUCACAUAAACAAACAACACAAGAAGAUGAAAAACCAUCAACAUCAAUAAUAACAAAUAAAGAAGAUGCACAAAAUCCUGAACAAAUUCAUACACAAGAACAAUAUGAAAAACUUCGUUCGGAAUAUGAUAAACUUGCUGAAUUUUCCAAACAUCAACAUGAAGAAUCUACAUCUUAUUAUAAUGAAUAUACACGUAUAUUAGCACUUCAUAAUGAAUUAAAUACAAAACACAGUCAAUUACAAAUCGACUAUGAAUCACUUCAAUCGUUAAUUCAACAAAAAAAUGAAGGUUAUCUACAAUGUCAAAAUGAAUUAAAUAAUUAUCAAAAUUUAUUAUAUCAUGAAAAGAAAAAAUCCGAAGAAAUUGAUUUAUUACGUUCAACAUUAAUUGAACGUGAUAUAAAACUACAACAAUUAAUUGAUAGUGAAACAAAACUUCUUGUCAAACAAUCUGAAUUAGAACGUGAUAUUAAAUUAUUAGACCAGAAUAAUUUCGAAUUAAGAUCAACUGAACAAUCAUUUAUUGAACAAUUACAACAAACGAAUCCAGAACAAAUGGAUUUCGAAUUAAAACGUCUAGCAAAUGAACGUGAUUUAUUUAUUACGGAAAGAAAACAAUUAGAAAAUGAAAUUGAAUCAAAUAAACAAAAAUUUUUACAAUUUGCAGAACGUGAACAAAAAUAUAUAAAUGAAAUUGAACGAUUACGUACACAUUUAUUAAAAAUGGAAGAAUCAUAUACAACUGAUUUAAUUGCUGCUGAAGAUCGUGAAAAAUCUUUAAGAAAUCAAAUUGCACAAUUAGAUGAUACAAAUCGUGCACAAAAUGAACUUAUUCAACAACUGAAUACAAGUGGUGAACAAUCAAAACAAGCAUUAGCAACUGAAUUAGGAACAUUAAAAUAUGAAUAUACAAAACUUGAAACAGCUAAUACAAAUUUAAAUAAUCAAUUACAAUAUCAAAUGAAAUGUGCACAAAAUUUACAAAAUGUUCUGGAACAAUUUAAACGUGAACGUGAACAAAAUAUUAAUGAACAUUUACGUCAAUAUCAAGAUGCAUUACGUGAACAAACAUCAAUAGCAACACGUUUAACAAAUGAAAAUAAUGAAAUUCGUAAUCGUUUAGAUGAAUAUAAUGAAGCAUUAUCGGCUGCACAUCGUUUAAAUGAUCAGAUUGAAAAAAAAGAUUUAUUAUUGAAAACACUUCGAAAUGAAAAUCAUGAAAAAGAUAAAUUAAUUCACCAAUAUGAACAUAAUCUACGUGAUUUACAAUCAACAAGUGGUUCACGUGUUGAAAAACAACUUGUGAAAAAUAUUCUUUUAUCUUUUUUUCAUACACCUGUUGAUAAACGACAAGAAGUUAUUCCACUUUUAGGUGCAUUAGUUGGUUUUACACAAGAAGAAUAUAAAAAAGCAAUUGAUGCCACAUCAACUAAUAAUAGUAAUAAUAUGAAAGGAGGAUCAGGUUGGUUAACUGGUUGGCUAGGUGGAAAUCCAGCAAAUGGAGGAGGAGGACCAGCUAAUACAGGUCGAAUAAGAACACAAUCUGAAACUCCAGUUUAUGAUCCAAAUAAAUCAUUUGCUGAAUUAUUAAUUCAAUAUGUUGAUCAACAAUCACCAAAUAAUCCUCAACAUCCAACUGCAAAAUUUAAUACCGAUGAAUAUCUUCAUCGGUAUGAUAAUACUAUGGGAGGUGGUCAUCUAUUAAGAAAACCAUCGUUAUCUGCAUCUGCAAAUCCUUUUGUUAAUUCUUCACAUUUAUCUCUUAAUAGACAACCACCUACUGUUGUUUUACCAACAACAAAUUCAACUAUACUUAAUCCACCUCCUCUUCCUCCAUCUUCAUCAUCAUCAUCAUUAUCAUCAUCGUCAACAACAACAACAACAGCAGCAAAUUCAGAAUCAUCAUCAACUAUACUCAAAGAUUUAUUAAAAUCUUAA